GCUGUGCUGCGCUGGGCUCUGCUACGGUGCAGGGUAGUGGCUAGUGUCGCGGGAAUGAUUAGCAUUUUACCAACGCAUGGUGUUCACAAGCCAAGAGCCUUCUGAUUCGAUGAUAAAAUAAACACAUUUCAUUUAACCCUUCUUUGUACACAUUUUGUGUACCACCACAGCUGAAGACCUGGAAUCGAAAAUGAACUGGGGGUCCUUUUACGCCGUGAUCAGCGGCGUAAACAGGCAUUCCACCGGCAUCGGCCGCAUCUGGCUGUCUGUCAUCUUCAUCUUCAGAAUCCUGGUCCUCGUGGUGGCGGCCGAGUCGGUCUGGGGCGACGAGAAGUCUGGCUUCACCUGCAACACCCAGCAGCCCGGCUGCAACUCUGUCUGCUAUGACCAGUUCUUUCCAAUCUCACACAUCCGCCUGUGGGCCUUGCAGCUCAUCCUGGUGUCCACGCCUGCUCUCCUAGUGGCCAUGCAUGUAGCCCAUCGCAGACACAUCAACAAGAAGAUCCUGAAGAAGUCCGGGCGCGGUUCCCCUAAGGAGCUGGAACAACUCAAGAACCAGAAGUUUGCGAUCACAGGCGCCCUCUGGUGGACCUACAUGAUCAGUGUGCUGUUUAGGAUCGUUCUGGAAGUCGGCUUCCUUUAUAUAUUCUACUUGAUCUACCCUGACUUCAAGAUGUUCCGUCUGGUCAAGUGUGACUCGUACCCCUGCCCCAACACUGUGGACUGCUUUGUGUCGCGACCCACGGAGAAAACCAUCUUCACCGUGUUCAUGCUCUCCGUGUCGGGGGUGUGUGUUCUCCUCAACCUGGCCGAGGUGGCCUACCUGAUUGGUAGAGCCUGUCUGAGGUGUAUCCAUGGUAAUCAGGAAGAGACUAAGGUAGCAUGGAUCGGUCAGAAACUGUCCUCCUACAAACAGAAUGAAAUCAACCAGAUGAUCGCUGACCAGUCGAAGUUCAAGUUUAACAUGGGAGCUAGGAAGACCUCUAUGGAGAAGGGAGAGAGGUGCUCUGCUUUCUGAUAGGCUGCCCUGGAAGGGAGAGAGGUGCUCUGCUUUCUGAUAGGCUGCCCUGGAAGGCAGAGAGGUGCUCUGCUUUCUGAUAGGCUGCCCUGGAAGGGAGAGAGGUGCUCUGCUUUCUGAUAGGCUGCCCUGGAAGGGAGAGAGGGGCUCUGCUUUCUAAUAGGCUGCCCUGGAAGGGGGAGAGGGGCUCUGCUUUCUAAUAGGCUGCCCUGGAAGGGGGAGACGUGCUCUGCUUUCUAAUAGGCUGCCCUGGAAGGGAGAGAGAUCCUCUGCUUUCUGAUAGGCUGCUCUGGAAGGGGGAGACGUGCUCUGCUUUCUAAUAGGCUGCUCUGGAAGGGAGAGAGGGGCUCUGCUUUCUAAUAUGCUUUCAAGUCCUAGUUCCCACUCCUUUUCACUGCUUCAAGCUAAAGAACUAACCAGCUUGGACCCUUACUGUAGAGAAAUCCUCAUACAAUAACUCCAUCUAGUCAUAACGCCAAUCAUCAUUCAUUUCUGGCUCCAUUUAUUCUGGUGACUGGUGCUAGGUUCUGGUAGGAUAUGAAGAAGAACAAACAGACCCAGACAGGGGGUAUUGGAUGGGCCCCCCAAAAAUAAAACUAACCCGGACAAACUCGAUGCUGGAUUGGAGGGAGAAUUUUGUUUCAUCGUGGUCGACACAGUCACUGUUUUCUCACAACCUUGGGGCAGAAACGGGUGGAUAAAGGAACAUUUGUUUCAGCACAUGACUUGACAAACCCAUUGUAUUGGAACUCACCGAGUCUCCUACAGCGGGGAGACUGCUCCUACAGCGGGGAGGCUGCUCCUACAGCGGGGAGGCUGCUCCUACAGCGGGGAGGCUGCUCCUACAGCGGGGAGGCUGCUCCUACAGCGGGGAGGCUGCUCCUACAGCGGGGAGGCUGCUCCUACAGCGGGGAGGCUGCUCCUACAGCAGGAACGAAUCACUCAUUAAGACAUUGAAGAUCUUUUUAAUGGUGCACAGCAAACGAUGGAACUUUACUACGUUGUUUUAGUACUAUCAGCACCAAGAGGGUUAGGGUCAGCAGCAGCACCAAGAGGGUUAGGGUCAGCAGCAGCACCAAGAGGGUUAGGGUCAGCAGCAGCACCAAGAGGGUUAGGGUCAG